AAACUUUAGUUAAUUAAUCAAAAGAUUAAUCAUAAUCUAUGAAUAGACUAAUUAAAUCUAACACCCUUUAUCUUGACUUUUGUCUUAACCCCUUAACCCACACAUAAUAAAACGAACAAAACGACACAACCCAAACAAAACACACACACACUUUAAUUAUUAAUAAUAAGUAAUCAAUUAACUUGUUAUUAUUAUUUUUAGUAACUCAUCUCAAUAUCAUUAUCAUAUUAUCGUUUUUCUGAUCCAACAAAACGACUACUAAAAAGUUACCAAACUUUCUGUCACUUUCUCUCAAUUUUCUCCCCCUCAAUUUUCUCUCUUCCCAAACACCCCUCUUUCUUUCUCUCUCUCUCUCUCUCUGACAAAAAGCUUCUGCAACUCUCUACAGCCUUUGCCUGUUUCUUUCUUCUCUUGAUCACUUUGUUUUGUCCAUUUCUCACCAAAACUUUCCUACCACUAUUGAUUCUCUCCCUCUCUUUCUCUAUCCUACGUCUGAUUUUUGAUCAUGCUUCAGAGCUUAGUCACUCAAUCUCCAUUACACAGUACUUCGAAUCCAAACUCCGACCCUUCUAAUUCCUCCUCGUCCAUGAAGACCAAGCGUGUCGAACGUGAACUUUCAGCACCCGGCGAAACUGUCUCCGAAGACCCUUCCACCAAAAGGCCAGCUAACUCAGCCAGAAAUUUCUCCGACGACGCCACUAUAUCCGGUGACAAGGCGGUCAACGAUCAAGAGGAGGAACUCGUUGUCGAAGGCGAGUCAAGCGGUCUGAGACUCCUCGGGCUUCUCCUUCAAUGCGCCGAGAGCGUAGCUAUGGAUAACCUCAACAACGCCGGUGACCUACUCCCGGAGAUUGCUGAGCUAUCCUCCCCUUUCGGAACGUCGCCUGAGCGCGUGGGAGCUUACUUCGCACACGCUCUUCAAGCGCGUGUGAUCAGCUCCUACUUGGGAAGAUACUCACCGCUUACUACCAAAACCAUAAACCUAACUCAGUCCCAUCGGAUCUUCAAUGCUUUGCAGUCUUACAACUCUAUCAGCCCCUUGGUGAAAUUCUCCCACUUCACGGCGAACCAGGCGAUCUUCCAGGCACUGGACGGCGUGGAUCGCGUCCACGUCAUCGAUUUGGAUAUAAUGCAAGGCCUCCAAUGGCCAGGAUUGUUCCACAUCCUAGCUUCCCGGUCGAGGAAGAUCAGGUCCAUGAGAAUCACCGGGUUCGGAUCCUCCACCGAGUUACUCGAGUCGACCGGGAGGAGACUCGCCGAUUUUGCAAGCUCACUCGGUCUCCCUUUCGAAUUCCACCCGCUAGAAGGGAAAAUCGGAAGCAUCACCGACCCGAGCCAACUGGACGUGAGGCCGAACGAGGCCACGGUCGUCCACUGGAUGCACCACUGCCUGUACGACAUCACAGGGAGCGAUUUAGGCACGUUGAGACUGCUGAGUUUGCUGAGACCGAAACUAAUCACCAUAGUGGAACAGGACCUCAGCCAUGGCGGAAGCUUCUUAGGCAGGUUCGUGGAGGCCUUGCAUUACUACAGCGCGUUGUUCGAUGCGUUAGGAGACGUAUCGGGUGCGGACAGCCUAGAGAGACAUAUGGUGGAGCAGCAGUUGUUUGGAUGUGAGAUUAGGAACAUCGUGGCCGUGGGUGGGCCGAAGAGGACUGGCGAGGUUAAGGUGGAUAGGUGGGGUGAGGAGCUUAAACGGGUCGGGUUUAAACCCAUUUCGCUUGGCGGUAACCCGGCCGCCCAGGCUAGCUUGUUGCUUGGGAUGUACCCUUGGAAAGGAUACACAUUGGUAGAAGAAAGUGGGUGCUUGAAAUUGGGUUGGAAGGAUUUGUCUCUGUUGACUGCGUCAGCGUGGCAGCCGUCCGAUUGAAAUACUUUUUUAUUUUUUAUCAUUUUUUUAGAUCAAAUAUAUAUAUAUAGUUGAUUUCUUCGAUAGUAACAACUAAUCGAUCGUAUCAAUUUUCUUGGUGGAUAUGAUUGAGAUUGUUUAUCGGAUUUGGUGAGAUGCAAUUAAUAUGGAUCAGGGCCGUUGAUUUAUGCAUACGAUGCUGGUGAUCAUGAUGAUGAUGAUGGAUGGUUUUUAAGAACAAUAUUAUGGAUGAUCUCAUCUUGGCUUUGUUGCCCUUUUGUUACUAUUUGAGGAAUUGUCUCGUUCCUUAUGGUAACCUCCCUUUUAAUCUUCUCCAAUAGGGGAUUUUGAAUGUUUAGACAGGGAAAAAAAAAAGAAAGGUUCUAACAUUGGUAUUGUAUAAUUCUUUCAAGGUGAACACAUGUAGUUACUUUUUUUUCAUUUAUUUUUUAAAAGAAAAGUAAGAAGAAAGGAGGUUGGAGAAA